AUGGCCGACGAGAAAGACAUCACCAUCACCUACCAGGACCGCAUCGCGAUUAUUACUCUUAACAUUCCCAAGAAGCUCAACGCUCUCAGUGGGGAUCACUACUACCUCCUCGGCGAGCGUCUCCGCGAAGUCGACAAGCGUGAUGACAUUACCAUCACCGUUGUCACGGGCACAGGGCGGUUCUUCUCUGCAGGAGCAGACGUAACCUCCACCCGCCCUGGGGCCGGCCUCGGCACGAACGUCCGCCGCGAACUCGUCCGCAACUUUGUCACAAACAACAUCGACAUCACACACACCUUCAGCCACCACAGCAAGAUUCUCGUCGCAGCCCUAAACGGCCCCGCUGUAGGCCUCUCUGCGGCCCUUGUCGCAAUGGCCGAUUUCGUCUACGCCGCGCCCCACACCUUCAUCCUGACCCCGUUCUCCUCGCUCGGCCUCGUCGCCGAGGGCGGCGCCUCCUCGGCCUUCGUCGAGCGCCUGGGCAUCGCCAAAGCAAAUGAAGCGCUUAUUCAGAGCAAGCGGAUAACCUGCGACGAGCUGGUAGCAGCCGGGUUCGUGAACAAGGUUCUCAAGGCCGACAGCGGGAAGGCGGAUGAUUCCGCUGGGUUCCUGAAAAAGGUUAUUGAGGAGGUUGAGGAUCGGAUGGGAUCGCAUCUCAGCCAGUCCUCGUUGUUGAGAAUUAAGGAGUUGAUUCGCCGACCGGGGAGGGAGAUUAUGGAUAAGCAGAAUACGAUUGAGGCGUUUGCGGGCCUGGAGAGGUUCCUGUUGGGUAUUCCGCAAGAGGAGUUCAGAAAGUUGGCGACGGGGGAGAAGAAACAUAAGCUUUAG